GUCAAAACAUAACAAGCGAAGUAUGUUUAUAUAGUAAGAAAACUCUUUUGCCCUAAAUAUCCCAAAUUGUCAUAUGUUCUUUCCUUAUGUGGCUCUCUCUUCUCUUUCUCUUUCUCUUUCCUUUUUCUCUUUCGAUCAACAAAACCACAUCUCUGAACUGAACCAAUUUCUCUUCUCCCCCUUCCGGUUAUCGGAUUACCAGAUCUCGUUUCCCGCGAUCUAGUUUAUUCUUUGAAAAAGUGAUAGAAGCAGAAAUGGGAAGGGGCAAGAUCGCGAUUAAGAGGAUCAAUAACUCUACGAGCCGUCAGGUUACGUUCUCGAAGCGAAGGAAUGGAUUGUUGAAGAAAGCUAAGGAGCUUGCGAUUCUCUGCGAUGCUGAGGUUGGUGUCAUCAUCUUCUCCAGCACCGGUAGGCUCUACGAUUUCUCCAGCUCCAGGUACCUUUUUUCUUUUCUCUUUGGUUGACUUUUUUUUUGGGUCUUGGUCCAUCUAAUUGGUUGAUUGAUUGAUGUAGCAAAUUCUAAAUCUCGAUUUUUUUUUUUCUUUCUUAAGUCGAUUUCUUGUUAAUUGUUUGCAAAUUCAAUUGCUUUAGAGAAGGAAUCGUAGAUCAACUUAGUCUGAUAAUUUGCAGAAGAAAUCACUUGGUUUGAAUGAUAAUAUGUUUUGUAAGGGGAAUAUGAGAGUGUGUUCUCUGUGUUGUUGGAGAUGAUUACGAUAUUUGUGUGGAACAUAGAUUGUGAGGGACUUGUGGUGUUUAUUGAAACAUACUAAAUUUGGUAGAAACUUUAUCAGAAGAGGAAAGGAGGGGAGAAAGUGGUUAGUGGUUGAAGAAAACUCUAAACUCUAGAGAGGAUUUAGAAAGAAUCGUCUCCUUUUCACUGUUCAUUUACUUUAUUGGCAACUAGUUGGUGGGUUUGAUGUACCUAAAAUGAGCUGCAUUAUCUUCUCUUAAUAUAUAUUGUUAGUACACAAGUGGGGGAAUCAUUUCUGAUUUCGUUGUCAUCCAUAAUCAAGUUUUUGUUUUUUUAAUUCUUCAACUUGGUCAUUUGUUAAUGAUAUGUAGGAGUAUAGUCUUUCUUUUUGGGAACAUUUUGCGAUUUGUUAGAAAAAUAUUAUAUCUUCAAUCCUUUCUGAAUUUCUACUUUAGGAGUUCAUUCAUUUCUUUAUUUGAUUGUAUCUUUCGUGUUUACAUAAUUGUUUAUUAAAAAAGGUUGAAUAAAAUCUGGCUCUUAGAUCUGUUUCAGAGGGAGAAAGCUUCCAUUGUUCUGCAGAGCUUUUGUUGUUUCUCUGUUUUUUGAACUGAGACUCUGUUUUUUUCUUUUUUUCUCUUCAAUAAAGACAGCAAGAUAUCUAUACUGUUUACUGAUUAGAGUUGGCUCUAUUUACAUCAAUUUUGUCUGGCUUCUCUCAUUCUCUGCUUAAACUUCAUACAUUAUGUUAGAUUUAUUGCGAAUCUGUAGUUGGGGUGCUGAGAAUCCUGUUCCAUGUAGACAGAGAUGGCUUAGGGUUAACUAAAUCUAUUUAAGUAAGAAAAUUUGACACUGAAAGAUGUAAGGAUAAAUGUUGCAGUGGAUGUUGCUUGGGUUACAUUACCUAUCAACCACACUCUACAACUAUGAAACUACUCUCUUUUUUGGCAGCAUGAAAUCGGUCAUAGAGAGAUACAGCGAUGCCAAAGGAGAAACCAGUUCAGAAAAUGAUCCCGCUUCAGAAAUUCAGUUCUGGCAAAAGGAGGCUGCGAUUCUAAAGCGUCAGCUACAUAACUUGCAAGAAAACCACCGGCAAAUGAUGGGGGAGGAGCUCUCUGGACUAAGUGUAGAAGCUUUACAGAAUUUGGAAAAUCAGCUUGAAUUGAGCCUUCGUGGCGUUCGAAUGAAAAAGGAUCAAAUGUUAAUCGAAGAAAUACAAGUACUUAACCGAGAGGGGAAUCUCGUUCACCAAGAGAAUUUAGACCUCCACAAGAAAGUAAACCUAAUGCACCAACAGAACAUGGAACUACAUGAAAAGGUUUCAGAGGUCGAGGGUGUGAAAAUCGCAAACAAGAAUUCUCUUCUCACAAAUGGUCUAGACAUGAGAGAUACCUCGAACGAACAUGUCCAUCUUCAGCUCAGCCAACCGCAGCAUGAUCAUGAGACGCAUUCAAAAGCUAUCCAACUCAACUAUUUUUCCUUCAUUGCAUAAUAUAAUUCGGUGUGCCAACACACUUAUGUUGACCUCGUCGGAAUCAUAUCACAAUUCACUGUGUCAGCUUGCCUCUGCAUAAGCGAAAAUAAAAACAUAAACAUGAUCAGUUUGCAUUCCAUAUCUAUCAAACACCAGCUUUGUAACUUUUAAAACUUUUUCUCCGUGCAAAGACCUUUGGUUUGGCGCUUAAGCAUGUAGUUUGAUGAUCAAAGGAAAUGGGUGUUUUAGCAUAAAGUUGUCACCCUUCCGUUGCAUUUUAGCUUCCCAUCCAAAUCAAUUUGUAAAAUGUGAGUUAGUUUGCAGCAUGAAAGCUGAUUAAAUAUCAGUCCCGUUAUCACAAG